AUGUAGUAUAAUAUUAUUGAAUAAAAUAAAAUUGUAGUGAACGUAGUGGAUCCUAAAAUUAAUUAAAAUCAAGAUGAAUUUGUAAUCUACAGUAUUGAAGGAUAAGACAAUUAAGGAAAUUUUUAGAUUUAGCAUCGUUUUAGUGAAUUUUACUAAUUAAGAUCACUGCUUGUAUAAAAAUGGUAAUACUGUUAUAUACCUUCAUUGCCUCAAAAAGUAGUUCAAGGAAAUUUGAGCUUGUAAUUGAUUUAUCAAAGAUUGGUGAUGCUCAAUCAUUUUAUGAGAUAAUUAUCUCAUUUUUAAUUUUUGUGGUAUUCUAAUGAAGUUUAAAUAUUUUUACGAUAACAAUAAAUACAGGAUAGUAAUUCUAAUGAAUAGCAAAAGAAUUAUGCUGAUGUAUUGAUAUCAACAUUUCCAGAUUUUGCAGAAAAUGCUAUAGAUUAAGAAAAUGAAACAAAAAUUGAAUAGUUUUUUCUUUUUAUCUAAAAUGCCACUCCAAUUCUACAAAAUUACAGGAUUAACAUGAAAAAUAAAAUAAAUAUUAGGUAAGAUUUAAAAAUAAGUAGCAAAAAUUACUUUGAGUAAAUGGAUAUUUUUAAAAACUUUUUUAUACCAGAAUAUGAGGUAAUUUUGGAGAUAAAUGUUGAAAAUUAAAAUAUCUACUAACCAAGGAAGAUAUUUGAAGAUGAUCAAAAUAAUUGUGAUUUGAGUGAAAAUCAGAAGUAAUUCUAUAUCAUGUAUAUUUAGAUUAAAAUUGAAUUGAAUGAAUUUAAUGUUUUAAAUGAGUUAAUUCAAAAAAGAAAGGAAUUGCAACUAAACAUUUAAUCUUUGAAUGAGUAACUAUAAAAAUAAGUUAAUUAUGUCUCUGAAACUUAAAAUAAUGGAUUAAAUAUAAUCAUGAAGUUUAUAACUACAAAAGAAGAAGAAAUAGAAAAAUCAUUAACUAAAUUGAAAUAACUAGAAAAAGAGUUGACAAUAAAAGUUUAGAUCUUCAAUUUAAUUACCAACAAAUUAGCUUCAGAUGUUCAAUUUUUGAAGUAGAUUUUUUUAGAAAAUUAUCAAAAUUUAGUCAAAUAAAUGAGUAGAUUUUUUAAACAAAAUGCACAAAAAAGUGUUUCUUAUUACUAAAACCUAUUAUAAUAAUUAGAAAAAUAAGGUCUUUGA